ACACACUCAACACAUAGAAAUAUAGUAGUGUCACCUGGAAAAAACAAAAAAAUUAAUAAACUCACAAAUGUUUCGAUCACUGAAACUCAAAAGACCCCUUCAAUCACUAAACCUGAGCCGUCAUUUUUCAUCAUCACCGCCGCCGCCAACACCUCCACCACUCUCCGCCGCCUCAUCAACAUCCUCAGAAACCCGAAAGUACCUAGGAUACGCCGCCCUUUUGGUCGGCUGCGCUGUCGGAACAUACUACUCAUUUCCAUUUCCAGAAAAUGCAAAACACAAGAAAGCCCAUCUUUUCCGGUGGGCCCCAUUGCCGGAUGAUCUACACACGGUGGUGAACUGGAGUGGGACCCACGAGGUACAGACCCGGGUCUUCAAACAGCCUGAAAGUUUGAAAGAAUUGGAAGAGAUUGUUAAUGAUGCUAAUGAAAAGAAACAGAGGAUCCGACCCGUUGGGUCGGGUUUGUCUCCGAAUGGUAUCGGGUUGGCCCGUGGUGGAAUGGUGAAUCUGGGGUUGAUGGAUAAGGUUUUGGAAGUUGAUAAAGAGAAGAAACGGGUUCGGGUUCAAGCCGGAAUUCGGGUUCAACAACUUGUUGAUGAGAUUAAAGAUUUUGGGAUUACUUUGCAGAAUUUUGCAUCUAUUAGAGAACAACAAAUUGGUGGCAUUGUUCAGGUUGGUGCCCAUGGUACUGGUGCAAAGUUGCCCCCAAUUGAUGAGCAAGUUAUCAGCAUGAAGUUAGUUACCCCUGGGAAGGGAACAAUUGAAAUUUCAAAAGAGAAAGACCCGGAACUGUUUUAUUUAGCUCGUUGUGGGCUAGGUGCAUUCGGGGUUGUUGCUGAAGUCACUCUUCAGUGCGUUGAGAGGCAAGAACUUGUAGAGCACACUUUUGUAUCUAACUUGACAGAAAUCAAGAAAAAACACAAAAAGCUUCUAAACGACAACAAGCAUGUAAAAUACCUAUACAUACCAUAUACCAACACCGUUGUAGUUGUGACAUGUAACCCUGUUUCUAAAUGGAGAGGUGCACCCAAAUUUAAACCGAAGUAUAGUUUGGAUGAAGCUUUACAGCCUAUUCGUGAUUUAUAUAAAGAAUCAAAAGAGAAAUACAGAGCCCAAUUUAUUGCAACUUCAUCUACCGACGAACAAACAAUUUCUGAUCUUUCCUUUACUGAACUAAGAGAUAAAUUAUUAUCAAUUGAUCCUCUAAACAAGGACCAUGUUAAAAAGAUCAAUGAAGCUGAGGCCGAGUUUUGGAAGAGAUCAGAAGGAUACCGGGUAGGGUGGAGUGAUGAAAUUCUUGGAUUUGAUUGUGGUGGUCAACAGUGGGUCUCCGAGACAUGUUUCCCAGCUGGAACCUUAUUGAAACCGAAUAUGAAAGACCUAAAGUUCAUAGAAGAUGUAAUGGAGUUAAUAGAGAAAGAAGAGAUACCUGCUCCGUCACCAAUAGAACAGAGAUGGACUGCUUCUAGCAAAAGUUUGAUGAGCCCAGCUUCAAGUGCAUCAAAUGAUGAUAUAUUCUCAUGGGUUGGUAUCAUCAUGUAUCUCCCUACAUCAGAUGCCCGUCAGAGGAAACAAAUAACGGAAGACUUUUUUCACUAUAAGCAACUUACUCAAGCACACUUAUGGGAUCAAUAUUCUGCUUAUGAACAUUGGGCUAAGAUUGAGGUUCCAAAGGACAAAGACGAGCUUGCAGCGCUCCAAGCAAGGCUAAGAAAACGGUUUCCUGUGGAUGCAUUCAACAAAGCACGAAAAGAGUUGGAUCCUAACCGGAUUCUUUCCAAUCCCAUGAUCGAGAAGAUGUUCCCAUUAAAUGAGUAGCAUAAUUCCUAAGGUAUGUAAGUUUAGCUGUAGAAUACAUGAAGAAGAUACAACUAAGGAUAUUAAGCUAUGGAAAUAACGUCAGCAUAUCCUGCGGAUAUAUGUUUUGCAUAUUUUAGUUUUUUUUUUUAUUUUUUUAUUUGAGCUCAACGCGGCUGUUACAGGUUCACCUGUAUUGUAUGAUUGUAUUGGCUAUUUUGAGUUUUUUCCAGAAUCGCCUUUGCUUGUGAAAACCGGUUUUUUUUACCCUUCAUUUUUACAUACAUAUGAAAAAUGUAACAGGAGUUGGUUUCAGAUACUGUUUGAGCAAAUUUGUAGCACAGAGGCAUACCUUGAUCC